CCGUUCAUCACUUUACUAUCGGUGUUCCGCUGGUGCUCGCGGUGCUUUCACUGUGAACCCGCCACUGAUAACGACUACGACGCCGACGACGACCCCGUCGGAGCCACAUCCGGCAUAACGUGUGAGGGCGUCCUGCGACAGUGUAACAGUGUUUGGAAAGCAGCACUUCCGGUCAACCGGUAGUUGAUUUUGUGGAUUUUUUGGUAAUCGCUUCGAGCAGGAAGUACUUCCGGUCGAGUGGAAACGAAGUUUGAAAAUAACGCAAAAACGGUGUUGGUGGAAAUUGGAAGUUCGUGAAAAUUUCCCUUCGAGUGAUAACCGGAAGAGAGCAUAUUGUUGGCUUGGUUGAAGCCGAUUGCGAAGUGGUGGUGAAAAUUAAUGCGCCAAAAUGCAUAAAUACCUGAUGGGAAGACUGUUGCUGAUCUGCCUGUUGAUCAUGUUCGUGGCCAGUGCAAAGGGCGCGAGCAACUACUUUUACGACUCGGAGGAACAACGGUAUCCAAAUCUGCUGGACGGUGGUGAUGAGGCCGAAGACACCGACAAAAGCUUGACGGACGACAGCAUACUGGAUAAUAUGCUGCAGCAGGGUGCUUCAAAACGCUCCUCGCUGAUCCAGGUCUACAGGAGGGCCUGCAUAAGGCGCGGCGGAAACUGCGACCAUCGAAGCAAUGACUGUUGCUACAACUCCUCGUGUCGGUGUAACCUUUGGGGAAGUAACUGCCGGUGCCAGCGGAUGGGUCUGUUCCAAAAGUGGGGAUGAACGGCCACACCAUCACUCAUGAUACUGGCGUUGCUGGCGUUCGCCCAAUCCUCCUUCAAGCUACCUUAAGCCCAAACUUCCCCGUUCCCAGUUCCUAGUUUUGUCCUCUCCCAAAAAAUGGCAACCGGAAACACGAUGACGCUUACGUACACGAGGUUUAACGCGCACUGGAUCUACACACUGGAACUAUGCUUCGGAACUGAACUGAAACAACUGAAUCAAGCACAACCCACAACGGACUUAUGGCAAUGGAUCACCGCAAAAACAACCCCCCUCCACAAUCCCCACUACACUGAGAAGAAGAAACGAAGUUGAAGUCAAAAAUUGUUGUACUUCCUCAAAAAAAAGGUGAAAUCUGGUUCAUGCGCUUUUGUUUUGAGGUAUUUUAAACUGAGUAUGGUUUUUGUUUAGCACAAAUAUGUUGUUCUUGACGGUGUAUUAGAAGAAUGAGCGUAUUUUAUUAGUGGACUCGCCGACGGACACUGACUUUGUAACGAACAAAAGAUACAAAAAAAUAUGCAAGGUUUAAUUUUGCAGAAGAACACAUUCACUAUAAUGAUAAUGAUAAUAAUGAUAAUGAUAAAUGAUAAUAAUUAUUAUUACAGAGAGAAAAUAUUGUCUAUAUAGGUUAUAUUCAGAGUCAUUCUUUACUGUUUAAGAGCUGUGUUGAGGGCGCCUCGAUGACGCAGAACGAAGAGAAAUCAAUUCACCUAAUUUUAGCACCUUGGAAAAGUGGCAGCUAAUGAAAAAUCAAUUAACGGAAAUGCUUUUAAAGUGUAUCAAUCACACACACACAUACAAAAAUCACACAAUAGCACACAUACAUAGAGAGAAAACAAAACUUAAAAAAUGUGACAUACUUAAAGAUGUUGCGAUGAUUAGGUACUUCAACUUUGUGAAACGAUGUUACAUGUUAUUUUCUGAUGUCCAGUGGAUUUUGAUACGAUUACUUUACUCGCUGUUUGUGUAAUGGAAACAGACAACAACUUACUUACUGAGUUGAGCAACUUAGGAGUAGUUUAUAUAAGGAGGGAAAAGUGAUUGGAGCACGGUUCCCCUCGGAUGUCCCGGGGCAGACCAUCGUCCCCGCAGGCCCACAACCGUUUCCCAGCCUUUAAGAACGAGUGAGUGUCAGAGCCGAGUGAGAAAAGUCCUCUGCAAGCACUUUUCCCCAUUCCCAAGCAACAGACAUAAAUUUACCCGAUAAUUCAUAAAGUACAUCAUAAAUACAUAUAACUAAAAGUAAAACAAAAAAAAACUACGAGUAAGCUUUAGGCACAUUGAAAA